UUGGGGAGAUAGGCAGAGCGUGCGAGACAGAGGGCGAGUGAGCGUGCGGCGGCGGGUCCCGCUGCCCCCUCCCUCCUCGCGCCGAGCAGCAGCGGGAGACGCGGGCUGGGCCGGGAUGAUGGGCGGCGCGCGGCAGGCUUCUGUUCAUUUUACCAGUAUCAGAAAGCAGUGAAGUGAAAAGGCAUCCUUUGGGAGCCCAGAUAACCAAAGUUCACUUGCAACCAAAGACCGUAAACAUGAAGAAAUAGAGCACAGAUGAGUAAAAGCAAUACUUCCAGAUUCACAUAAGUGGCCAGUUCAGAACUAAAGAAGAUGUUAUAAGGACCCAUUAUACUGGUAGAAAUUUCAAAAAUAUGCUACUCUGACAAGUCCAACUGUACUCUGCUAAGACUAUAACUGUAUUUUACUCUUCAGUUCUCUGUUUCAUAAAAGACAAUGUAAUAACAGCAGUACCAGUCUUUCAGGUAAGACUAGGUGCUCCCUUACCCUUGAGUGGACAUGAGCGAUCAAAGGUCUUUGCAAGAAGAUAAGCACAAACCCAGCAGAACCUCCUUAAAGUUCAAGGAGACUUCAAGAAUUAUGGAGACUGAUGACUACUUUGCUAGAAAACUUAAAGUUUUGAAUGGUAACAUGGGUCCUACUUCUUUAAAUGCCUCUGGCAAACAUGAAAGUAAUCAAAAUAAUGGUACACCUGCUAUGCCUAAAAUGGGUGUUCGUGCUAGGGUAUCUGAGUGGCCUCCUAAAAAAGAUUGCUCUAAGGAGUUAGGUAAAGCUACUUGGGAAAGUAGACCUCAAACCAGUUACGAGAGUGUUGGAUCAAUACUUCCAAAUGGACAAAAUGACCAAAGUGAUGGACAACAAGAACAAUUAGAUUUGCAAUUUGCAGAGGCCAAAUAUACCAUAGGAGAUCUUUUUGUCCAUUCUCCCCAAAGGGGACUUCACCCUAUAAGGCAAAGAAGCAACAGUGAUGUCACCAUAAGUGAUAUUGAUACUGAGGAUGUAUUGGACCAGAAUGCUGUUAACCCAAAUACGGGAGCAGCUCUUCAUAGGGAAUAUGGAAGUACUUCUUCAAUUGAUAGACAAGGUUUGUCUGGUGAGAAUUUUUUUGCAAUGCUCCGAGGAUAUCGAGUGGAAAACUUUGAACACACAACUCUUGCUCCAUUUGGAUUUCCUGAAUUUUUCCACUGUGACUCUACAAUUUCUCCAAGUCUUCAUGCAGCUGCACAGAUUUCCAGAGGAGAAUUUGUCAGGAUUUCUGGAUUGGAUUAUAUGGAUAGUGGCCUGCUUAUUGGUAGGGACAGGGAUAAAUCUUUCAAAAGGAGAUUAAAAUCAGAAGCAGUAGAAACAUCUCUAUUUAGAAAACUGCGGACUGUUAAAAGUGAGCAUGAAACUUUCAAAUUUUCAUCUGAACUGGAUGAUGGAAGACUUGAGAGAAACAUUCGUUCUUGGAACUGUCAGAAGUGUUUCGCCCAUUAUGAUGUUCAGAGCAUUUUAUUUAACAUAAAUGAAGCAAUGGCUACCAGAGUUAAUGUGGGAAAAAGAAAAAAUAUAACCACUGGGGCUUCAGCUGCAUCCCAAACUCAAAUGCCAGCAGGCCAGACAGGAAAUUGUGAAUCUCCUUUGGGAAGUAAAGAAGACCUUAAUUCAAAAGAGAAUCUAGAUGCUGAUGAGGGUGAUGGGAAAAGCAAUGACCUAGUGUUGAGUUGCCCUUACUUCAGGAAUGAAACUGGUGGGGAAGGAGAUAGAAGAAUUGCACUUUCUAGGGCAAACUCAGCAUCAUUUUCUUCAGGUGAAAGCUGUUCCUUUGAGUCCUCUCUAAGUUCCCAUUGCACGAAUGCUGGUGUUUCAGUACUGGAGGUGCCAAGAGAAAAUCAGCCAAUUCACAGGGAGAAAGUGAAGCGAUAUAUCAUCGAACACAUUGAUCUUGGAGCAUAUUACUACCGAAAGUUCUUCUAUGGAAAAGAGCAUCAAAACUACUUCGGAAUAGAUGAAAGUUUAGGACCUGUAGCAGUCAGCAUCCGGAGAGAGAAGGUUGAAGAUCCUAAGGAGAAAGAAGGUUCUCAAUUCAACUAUCGCGUAGUUUUCAGGACAAGCGAGCUUACUACCUUAAGAGGGGCAAUUUUAGAAGAUGCCAUACCAUCCACUGCCAGACAUGGCACAGCACGGGGCCUGCCUCUUAAAGAGGUACUAGAAUAUGUAAUACCAGAGCUGAGUAUUCAGUGCCUGAGGCAGGCUUCCAACUCACCGAAAGUCCCUGAACAACUGCUUAAACUGGAUGAGCAAGGGCUGAGUUUUCAGCACAAGAUUGGGAUCCUUUAUUGCAAAGCAGGCCAGAGCACAGAGGAAGAGAUGUAUAAUAAUGAAACUGCAGGGCCUGCUUUUGAAGAGUUCCUUGAUCUUCUGGGCCAGAGAGUACGGCUAAAAGGGUUUAGUAAAUACAGAGCUCAGCUAGACAAUAAAACGGAUUCAACAGGAACUCAUUCCCUCUAUACUACCUAUAAAGAUUAUGAAUUAAUGUUUCAUGUAUCAACUAUGCUUCCAUACAUGCCCAAUAAUAGGCAACAGCUUCUAAGGAAAAGGCAUAUAGGAAAUGAUAUUGUUACCAUUGUCUUCCAAGAGCCUGGAGCACUUCCUUUUACUCCAAAAAAUAUUCGUUCUCACUUUCAACAUGUGUUUGUUAUAGUCAAAGUGCAUAAUCCUUGCACUGAGAAUGUGUGCUAUAGUGUUGGAGUUUCAAGAUCAAAAGACGUGCCAGCAUUUGGUCCGCCCAUCCCCAAAGGAGUAACUUUCCCCAAAUCGGCAGUCUUUAGGGACUUUCUUUUAGCCAAAGUUAUUAAUGCUGAAAAUGCAGCCCACAAAUCUGAAAAAUUCCGAGCUAUGGCCACCAGGACACGUCAAGAAUACCUAAAAGAUCUGGCUGAAAAUUUUGUUACGACAGCUACAGUGGAUACUUCAGCAAAGUUCAGUUUUAUUACCCUCGGGGCAAAGAAGAAAGAAAAAGUGAAACCAAGAAAGGAUGCACAUUUAUUUAGUGUUGGUGCAAUUAUGUGGAAUGUGAUUGCUCGAGACUUUGGCCAGUCUGCAGACAUAGAAUGUCUCCUUGGAAUCUCGAAUGAAUUUAUUAUGUUGAUUGAAAAGGAGUCAAAAAAUGUUGUGUUUAACUGCUCCUGCAGAGAUGUGAUUGGAUGGACAUCUGGAUUAAUGAGUAUCAAAAUCUUUUAUGAAAGAGGAGAAUGUAUUCUUCUUUCUGCAGUGGAUAAUUGUACUGAGGACAUCAGAGAAGUUGUUCAAAGGCUAGAAAUAGUGACCAGAGGAUGUGAAACAACGGAAAUGACCCUGCGGAGGAAUGGGUUGGGCCAGCUUGGAUUCCAUGUUAACUUCGAAGGGAUAGUAGCAGAUGUGGAGCCAUUUGGUUUUGCAUGGAAAGCUGGCUUAAGGCAAGGGAGCCGUCUAGUUGAGAUCUGCAAAGUGGCGGUGGCAACCUUGACUCACGAACAGAUGAUUGACCUUUUACGCACAUCGGUGACAGUAAAGGUGGUGAUUAUUCAGCCGCAUGAUGAUGGAUCGCCAAGAAGGGGUUGUUCAGAACUGUGCCGAAUCCCCAUGGUAGAGUAUAAACUUGACAGCGAAGGCACCCCAUGUGAGUAUAAAACCCCCUUCAGGAGGAAUACCACUUGGCAUCGGGUGCCGACUCCUGCUGGGCAGCCUCUCUCUCGUGCCUCUCCAAUCCUAGGAACAUCUGACAGACUGCAAUGCCAGCAGCUUCUCCAGCAGGCUCAGACAGCCAUUCCUCGCAGCACUUCCUUUGAUAGAAAACUGCCAGAUGGUGCUAGAAGUUCACCGAGCAACCAGUCAUCCUCCAGUGACCCAGGACCUAGCGGGAGUAGCCAGUGGAGGCAGCAAGUGGGAUAUGACGGGUGCCAGUCCCCUUUGCUCCAUGAACAUCAAGGUUCGGGUCCACUGGAAUGUGAAGGAACUCGAGAACGAGAGGAAGCUUUGGAAGGAACCAGGCAUGCUGAAACCAAGUGGCAUGCACCAUCAACCAAAGUCUUGAGUUCCUACAAAGACCGAGCUUUACAAAAAGAAGGCACAGGAAAAGACUCUCCAAGCAAACUUUCACACAUUGGAGACAAAAAUUGUUCCAGUCAUUCCAGCAGCAAUACCCUGUCCAGUAAUACAUCCAGCAAUAGUGAUGAGAAGCACUUUGGCUCCGGAGACCUUAUGGACCCUGAAUUGCUUGGAUUAACGUAUAUUAAGGGGGCUUCUACUGACAGUGGAAUUGAUACAGCUCCCUGUAUGUCAGCUCCUCUUAUGACUCCUUUACACCUUGCUGGCAGCAGGUCUGGGGUCCAUAGUCGGACUGAGCAGUGGACUGAAUCAUCUGAAACUCCUGGGCCAGAUGAUGAGGCUGCUAAAAUCUAUGCUGUUCAUAGCUAUGCCUCUGUCAUUUCCAGCAGUCAUACGGCUGAAGGCAGUAUUGGAGACCUCAGUGAAAUAUCCUCUCAUUCCAGUGGGUCCCACCAUUCAGGAAGCCCUUCAGCACAUUGCUCUAAAAAGAGUGGCUCUCUAGAUACCUCCAAAGUCUACAUUGUGCCACAGAAUAGUAGCCAUCAGAUUUCUGGGUCCAUGUCCAAACCGUACCACAGACAAGGAGCAGUGAGCAAAUAUGUCAUUGGUUGGAAAAAGUCAGAAGGUAGCCCUACACCUGAAGAAUCUGAAGUUGCUGAAUGCCAUGACAAAGUGUAUGCAGAUGUUGAUGCUGUGGUUGCCUCAAGUCAGCUUCAGACUUCUGUGAGGAGUACCGUUCCUGAAAGCCAGCAAGUCUUGUCCAAAGAAGAUUUUCUGAAGUUGAUGCUGCCAGACAUCGUCUCUGUGGAAGAGGGUAGAAGAAAGUUUUCAUUUUACGGGAAUCUGUCUCCAAGGAGAACACUUUAUCGCACCCUUUCUGAUGAGAGCAUCUGUAGUAAUCGGAGAGGAUCAUCUUAUGCUAGCUCACGGAGUUCAAUGCUAGAUCAAGCCUUGCCAAAUGACAUUUUGUUCAGCACCACCCCACCAUAUCACAGCACACUGCCUCCCAGAAUGAGUCUGACUCCUGGAAUGGGAAAUCUAAGAAAUGAAUUCUGGUUCUCAGAUGGCUCCUUAUCUGAUAAAGCCAAAUUCAAUGAUCCUGGCCUGAUGCCCCUUCCAGACACUGCCACAGGGCUAGACUGGUCGAACCUGGUAGAUGCUGCACGAGCAUUUGAAGGUUUUGACUCAGAUGAAGAUCUUGGGCCGAUCUGUCACCACGCGUCAUUUCUAGAUCAGAGAGUAGCAUCUUUUUGCACCCUGAAUGAUAUGCAGCAAGCACAGGGUUUGGCAGGUACUCAAGAUAUACCUUUGGGUGAGAGUCCAACAGACGGAAAAGAUUUCCUUGAUGCUACUGGGGAGCACACUCCAACUACUCUGACUGGAAAAGUAAACCAGCUGGAAGUGAUUCUCCGGCAACUACAAACUGACCUUCGGAAGGAAAAACAAGACAAAGCAGUUCUCCAAGCUGAAGUCCAGCAUUUGAGGCAAGAUAAUAUGAGACUUCAGGAGGAGUCUCAAACAGCAGCUGCUCAACUGAGGAAAUUUACAGAAUGGUUUUUCAAUACUAUAGACAAGAAAUCUUAAUGUCAAGGCCUCUGAGAAGCACUCUUGGAACUGUGUAAUAACUGUAUUUUUUGAAUUAGCAGGAUAUAAUUUCACUGUGUUCACAAUUCAUUUUAGAUGUUUCUGCUAUAUCCUCUGUCUAGCUUUAUUCAUUUGAACGAGACUGAGGGCCAUGGGGGCGUAUCUUUGUAUUCAUCUGAAGAAGGCAGAGAAUAGCAGACAUUUGUUUGUGUAAAGAUGAAUGUAAAAUUUCUCGGUGUCAUUUUAGACAUUUUUAGAAGACGCUCUGGCUUGGGCUUGCCUGAAGAGGAACAUAUUUGAGGGUUGAUUUCCUGUAUUUUCAGGUGCUCUGGUGAAGAUAUUUAAAGCAAUUUACAUUAGCUUGGGCUUCAGUAUUGUAAGAUAAAAAAAAAAAACAAAAACCAGACAUAUACUUUAAUGUUUAAAAGGUGCUCUAUUUUUUGUAUGUACAGUAGUUUAUUUCCACAGUCCACAUUGUCAUAGCAAUAAGAAUGGAGGUAUAGUGAAUAGUCACAAAGCUGUGUUUAUAAAGAGUUAGCACUGAUGUGUUUAACACUAGUUUGGAUGCAGAUACAUUAGAGAUUUAUUUAUUUGCAGGAGCAAAUGGUGCCUGAAUAUAAACAGUGUUCUGAUUUUCUAAAGAUACACAUGCCUUGUAAAUGGCUCACUGGGUUAGGCCACUCCAAUUUCAGUUACUUUUGUAUAGUUGAUGUUCAGCUAAAACAGUUAUACUGCUUAACUAUUAAAAUCAUGGAUGGUGUGAGCCAACCAAUCACUUGUAAAAUGCCAAAUUUAUCUUUGUACAGAAGCUUUGAUCAGAUGUCUUGUAUUUAACACCUUUAUUUAAGCUUAUUUAACCUUAAAUUGUUAAUUUUAUAAAGUUUGUUUUAUCUGCACUAUGGUGAGGUCAGUUGGUUGCAAGCUGUAUUAUUUUAGCUUGCCAAGACUAUACUGAGGAGUUCUAGAAAAUUCUAACAAUUGGAUGCUGCUAGUACACAAUUUAUUUGUUUGUAUGCUUUAACAUUUUUAACUGUUUCAUUUGAGAUGAACAUACAUUUUUCUUUUUUAAUAAAUG